AUGUUAUAAGAAGAAGAAGUUGAAUUGAUGUUAGAAUAAGGAGGAAUUCCAAUAUCAUAAUUAUGCAAUUCAAGUGUUAAUAUUGAUUUACUUUAAUGCCCAAUUUGUUUUAAUAUACUCUGGAAACCAAUUGCAUGUGGGUAAGAUAGAUGUUUCUCCUCAUUUUGUUAAUACUGCAUUGAGUCAUGGCUUAAUUAGAAAAAGUAUUUAUCUUUAAAAAUGGAUAGUGCAUAAUCUACUUUUGAAGAAGAAGAAGAAACAUUUGCAAAUGAAAGUAAUUGUCCAAAGUGUAAAAGACUGUUUAUUAAGACUGAAAUACCUUUGGUUAAAGUAUUAUUGUCUUAAAUUGAAUUGAAAUGUGUUCAUUCAGGUAUGUAAAUAAAUAUAAAAGAUUGCACUUAGGUGAUACCAUAUGAAGAAUAUGAAAACCAUAUUGUUAAUUGUAAGGAAAGAAAAAAAUAAUGCAGAGGUUGUUAAUAAUACAUUUUAUAAAAUAAACUAGAGGAACAUGAGGCAUAAUGCUCUUAGAUUCCUGUUGAAUGUUAGAAAUGUCAUAAGAGGAUGCCAAAAUGUGAUCUUGAGUCUAAACAUGAUAAAUAUGUAAUAAAUUUAAUGAUUAGCAGAAUUGUAUAGAAAACUUAUUUAAGAUUUAAGAUUAGUAAUUAGAGAAUUUAUAUACUUAAUAUUUAAUGUGUGAUGAUAUGGUUAAUUAUUAUGAAGAGAAGAUUGCUAGAAUGAUGAAAGGAGAUCUUAUUAUAUUAAAUGAGUAUAACUUUUUUACCAUUUUUACAGCUAAUUAUUAAUUCACAACUGAUAAUUUAUAUAUUGCAAGACUUGUAAGGUAUUAAAUUUAAUUAAAAUAUUAGAAAUUCAUACAAUUACAAUAAAUAAAAAAAUGAUUUCCUUCAUUUUUAUGUAGAUUAUCAUUUUACAACAGGUUUAGAAGGUUAUGAAUGGAAAAGUAGAGUAAUUAGAUUAAGAGGUAAUUUACUAAUUGGUGUUUGUUCAUCUUAAUUAUCAAAUUCAGUUGAUUUUAUAGUUAAUAGAUUAGGAGAAGUAAAAAAAAAGGAGGAAAAUGAUAAUAGAUAUCAUAUUAUUAGAAAAGUUAAUUUUACCUUUGGAGAAGGUGAUGUCAUCAGAUUUCAAAUUCUUCCCUUCAUGUAAUGCUUAAGAAUCACAAAUGAAACAAGACAUUUGACAUUUUGUUUCAAUAGGAAUGAAUUAUAAGAAAUGGGAGAUUAAUAUUUCAGUUUCUUUAGUCUUGAGUAUUAAGGAGAUGCUCUUCAAUUUUUAUGA